AAGAGCAGUGUGGAGCAAGACGCUCGACUCCAGCUCUAAAGCCUCGGCCUCCUCUGCCAUACCCAAAAGAAAACCAACACAUGGGUCCGUCCAUGGCCAUGGCCAUCAUCAAGGCCACCGCACCGCGGCGUGUGCUCCCCCUCUUCUUCCCCACGGAUCCGCCAAUCAAAUGCCCGCGCCUUUACACAAAGCUGCACCGGGCCAAAGCACCCUGCGAGAGAGCUUUGCCUGUUUUGGAUUUACCCCAACUGCUCAGCUCAGUCCACGGCCGCUGACGCAGUCUCGCUAUAAGGGGACGGCCACAGCUCAGCUCACGCGCCGUCCUGCCAUCACUGUGGAUCAGCCGGUGAGCGAGUGACGACCUUGUCAGGGUGACGCGGCGUGCCACGCUGCAAGAGAUGGGCCUCGCCGGCGGCAUUGUCCGGAGGGUCCUCUCCAAGAGCCCCUGCAGCUCGGGCGGCGGCGCCGGCAACAGCGAACGGAGCCCUGGCGACCGCAAGAGGUGGCGGAGCUCUCUCCGGCUGUACCUGUGCGGCGACGAGGCCGGCGCGGCGGCCGUCGACCAGGAGGAGGAGGAGGACGACGACGAUGACGGGACGGUUGCCUCCGCCGGAAGCUUCGAGACUUGCCCGGUGACUCGAGUUCCGGUGGCAGAUCAGGUCGGUGGUGCCGACAGCAGCAAUCCUGAAGAGCCUCGGCAUCGGAUUGGUGGAGACGCCGUGGAGGACGGCGUGUCGACGAGGCCGGUCGGCGAGGAGGAGGCGGCGAGGCUGAUCCAGUCUGCGUUCAGGAGAUUCAUGGCAAGGAGGCGACUGCUGCAGGAGGUGCUGAGAAGGAGCUCGGGGCAGGAGGGAUGCUACGCUGAAGAGGAGCCCGCGACCCCCGUCUCGGCGUCCAUGGCGGCGUCGGUGGAGGUCCAGGUAGGGGAGUCCCUGAGCAACCUCCGGCUGAGCGACGACGGCGGCGCGUCGCCGACGCCGUCGGCGCAGCACCGGGCCAGCCAGAAGACGCGGCCACCGCAGGUCUUCAGAGCCAAGGAGGAGUGGGACGACAGCACGCUGAGCUCGAACGUGCUGCGGAUGAGGAUCCAGAGCAGGAUGGAGGCCACCACGCGGCGGGAGCGAGCCCUCGCAUACGCCUUCUCGCAGCAGCUGAGGAGCGGCGGCGGCACGAAGAAGCGGUCGUCGCGGUCGGACCAGGGGGACUUCAACGUGGGGUGGAGCUGGCUGGAGCGCUGGAUGGCGACGCGGCAGGCCGAGCCAGGCGCCGACGACUCUGCGAGCAAGAACGCGACGGAUGCUGGGUCGGCGGUGGCCGGGCGGCGGGUGGUGGUGCCGGUGAGGAGACGGCAGGACGUCGCCGCCGUCGAGGAGAAGGAGAGCUGCGGGUCCAACAGCGUGUCCGCCGCCGUCAGCUUCGACGGCUCCAGCGCCGGGGGGCGGAGUGGCAGCCUGAGCUGCUACAGGCCCGGCAAGAACAACCGGCCCAGGGGUGCCCGGAACCUGCCGCGCCGGAAGGUGGCGGCGGCCGCGUCAGACCACGGUCUCCAAGCGAGAUCACACAAGGUGAGCAAGAAGGCGCGGCAGAGAGAGCAGAAGCAGCUGCAGAAGGAUCAUCAAGCCGAGGCCAAUGUGUACGAUCCCCGCCAACCUCCAACGGACUACUGAAACCGAGACGCUCGACCAACGAUGUACAUAGCUUCUCCAAAUCCAGAUUGCUGUGUGCGCUUGUGUUUCCAUGAUUUUUCUUUUCUUUCCAGUUGCCUGGUGUUAAAAAUUUCGAUGAUUGCUAGUAAAAUGUAAAAGUUACUAUGUAGCUGCGAAAUAAAGUAUGCAGAUCAGAAAGCAAGGAGAUAUAUUGCACAA